UUCUAUUCUCCAUUCCUUAUGUUUUAUUCCUUUAAUUACGUUCGGACCCUAACAUUCACAUAUAUAAUGGAAUUGAAUUCCAUGAUAGAUUCCACAGAAACGAAAAUUGAAGACAUGACAUGUAACGAUUCAAUGAAGGGAAGAAGGCAGCAAGAUAUGGAAAUGAUAUCUAAAUAUUUUGAAAGAAAAACCUGCAAGAAAGUGCAGCACAUUGAUUAUAUUGAUAAGCAUCCUCAGCUGAAGAAAUUAGUAGCUAACUAUGUUCAAGCUCUGACAGUUGUGAAACCAGUGAACAUACUAUUUUUUACAAUUCAAUACUUCAAAGCAUUUGCAAAAACAUUAAAAAAUUGCAUUAGUACAUCAAGAAAAAGAAAUUGAUAUAACUUACUCCAUUAUGUCCGUUCUAAUGAUACAUUUUUUUG